AUGUCGUCUGAAGUACUCAGUGGCGCUGGCAUCGCGCCACUUACCCUCUCGCCCACCGACGCGACCUUGGCAGCUGCCGCGGAUCCCCUCUCCUACGCAUCUGCUUCUGCCUCGGCUGCACGCGAAGCUGCCGAUGCCACCGGCGAACCUUGUGCCUUUGACGCGGGGUCGUCUUCGACCGAGAACCAGGCCCAGGUGGUGCCCUCUGUGCCCGUCGGCUCACUCAUCGGCGGCCUUCUUGGCGGCGGCGGCGGCUCGGGCACGGGACGCUCUACCCUUGGGCGCAAGGUGACGAUCAACACCACCGUCGCCCAGAUUUCUGGUCCAGGUGCCGAUAUCAUUGCCCCUCCGCAGCCUCGCCGCCUCAGCGCGCUGCUCACCCCCCCUGGUUCGCGCAACCUCGCAUUCGAGGCGGACGGUAUUUCGGCCGUCCUGUCGCGCUCGCUGUCCCUCUCGAGCGGACAGCGCCCCUUUAUGCGUCAGAGCUCGCUGUCGCACCACACACGCGUGUUUUCCGACUUUGACGAGGAUGAGAGCGCCUCGGACGAGUCCUCGCUCAUGACGGCCAUGCGCACUCCUCCCAAGGACAGCCUCGAGCUUCCGCGCGAGGACGACAUGGCGAUGGAGGAUGCCGAAGCUGUCCCCAAUGUCAACCCGGACAUGCUGCCUCCUCCCGGGCCGUACAUUCGCCACAUCAACUUUAUCAACUUCCGCACCAUCGGCUCCCGUCGCUCUCAAGAGGAGGCGGUGCGUGGACGUUUCGUCACUGCGGGACGCCUGGAGGGCGUUAUCAAGAACACUCCAAACCUCCGCUCCAUCUGUAUGACAGAGUACGUCGACUCGGCGCUGUCAUACCCGGUCGUCGAGGAAAUCUUCUUCCGUGGAUACCACAAACCCCGUGUGUUCCGCCAGCGUUCGACGUCCUUGUCGCCCGCUGCGAUUCGUGCUCGCUCGGUGAGCGUGCACCCAUCCGCGCUUGAACAGAUCACGCUCGAGGAUCAACUCGACCCCCCGCGUCCAGUCUACGUCCCUUACGAGGACGAGACUGACGAGCAAAAGUGGACCCGCAGGAACCUGUUCACCCCGCUCGAGGCUCUGGACCUCACGGGGUGUGAGAGCGACGAUGAGGAGCGCGGUCGUGGACGUGGACGCCAGCCUCGCCGCGUCGAGUCGGCGACGGAUACCGAGGACGACGACGAGGACCUUCCUCUUGCCGAACGCCGCACGCACCGUCCCCGCUUCCAUGCCCUGCGGCGCCUGUCGCUGCGCGCAUGCAUGACGCUGCCUGCGACGUUUAUCCAGGGCCUCAUCCUCUGCAUGCCCCACCUCACACACCUCGACCUCUCGGCGACCCGUCUGUCUGACAGCCUCCUCCGUACGCUCACGACCAACGCCCCUCGCGGUCUGCGUCUGCAGUCGCUCUCUUUGGCCCGCUGUGCACAGCUCAGUCCCCAUGUCGUCGUCGACUUUCUCGUCGACUCGCCCGCGGCUCGUGACCUGGUCGAGCUCAACCUGUUUGUCAACCCGACGCAAGGGAACGCCAUCGAGGGUGAAGACCUCAUCCGCCUCCUGAGCAAGGCCCCGUGCAUCCGCUCUGGCCGCCUGAGGUACCUUGACCUCAGCUCGGCGGGCUUCACUGUGGAGCACCUGUCGCCCGACGUCUUCCCUCCUCAGCCCAGUCUUGUGUCUCUUGGCCUCUCCCACAUCCCCGAGCUGCCGCUCAGGGAGGUCGCCACCUUUAUCCAGAACCAGGCGCCUGGUGUCGAGAUUCUUACUCUCCAAGGCACAUCCAUCAGGGACCUCCGUCCCGACGCGUCCACUUUGCAGAUUACGCUCGCGCUCCACGCCCUCCUCAUCAACCCUCUCACUACCCAGCCCUUCUCGCUCGCCAACGCUCUGGACUUGGCCCGCGGUACGGCCCAAGUGGAUCUCGCGGCGGGCCCCACUCGCCUGCGCGUCGUCGAGCUGUCGUCGUCCAUCACCCGCUCCCUCACCUCGUCCCAGGGCUCUGGCCGCACGGAAUGGCAGGUCGUCAAGUCCAAGGGCGGGCGCGGAUGGUAUGUCGACGUCUCGGCCGGCUGGAUCUACAGCGACACCGUCGGCAUUUGGGGCCGUGCGCCCGAAGACGCUGCCGCGAGCGGCGAGGGACUCGCGCGCAAGUCGUUUAUCCGCCACUUGCCCGCCACACACCCCAAGCGCCAGUACUUUGCCCACCUCGCCGAGCAGGACGGCCGCGUGCGUUCCGACGUCGGCUGGCAUUCCCGCAAGAUGGAGAUUGUCCGUGGAUACGGCAUGAUGGGCAGGGAGGAGGGCAUGGGCGGCGUCGCGGCGUUUGCGUCGCUCGAAUAG